AUGUGGCAGCUUUUAGCAGCAGCCUACUGGAUGCUUCUUCUUGGACCCAUACAUGGUUAUCACAAGAAAGGAGGCAUCACAAAUCCUGAGGCUACUAUGAAUAUUAGCCAGAUUAUUUCCUACUGGGGUUAUCCUUAUGAAGAGUAUGACGUUGUGACCAAGGAUGGUUAUGUCCUCGGAAUCUACAGGAUUCCCCAUGGAAGAGGAUGUCCGAGAAAAACUCCAAAGCCUGUCGUGUAUUUGCAACACGGGUUAAUUGCGUCUGCCAGUAACUGGAUUUGCAACCUUCCGAACAACAGCUUGGCUUUCCUUCUGGCAGAUAUCGGUUAUGACGUGUGGCUGGGGAACAGCCGGGGAAACACCUGGUCCAGAAAACACUUGAAAUUUUCACCCAAAUCACGAGAAUUCUGGGCCUUCAGUUUGGAUGAGAUGGCUAACUACGACCUUCCAGCCACAAUCAAUUUUAUUGCAGAGAAAACGGGACAAGAGCGACUCUACUACGUGGGCCACUCCCAAGGCACCACCAUCGCUUUCAUAGCAUUCUCUACAAAUCCAGAGCUGGCUAAAAGGAUUAAGAUAUUUUUCGCAUUGGCUCCAGUCAUCACGGUGAAAUACACCCAAAGUCCUAUGAAAAAAUUAACAACUCUUUCCAGAAAACUAGUCAAGGCGUUAUUUGGUGACAAGAUGUUCUACCCUCAUACCUUUUUUGACCAAUUCAUUGCCACCAAGGUAUGCAACCGGAAGCUAUUCCGUCAUCUCUGCAGCAACUUCCUGUUUACUUUGAGUGGAUUUGACCCAAAAAACUUAAACAUGAGUCGCUUGGAUGUUUAUUUGGCACAGAGCUCUGCGGGAACAUCUGUGCAGACCAUGCUGCACUGGGCCCAGGCUGCUAAUUCUGGUCUGUUCCAAGCUUUUGACUGGGGAAACCCUGAUGAGAACAUGAUGCACUUUCACCAGCUCACACCUCCCUUGUACAACGUGACCAAGAUGCAAGUGCCCACAGCUGUGUGGAGCGGAGGACACGACCGUGUGGCUGACCUCAAGGACGUUGAGAAUUUACUGCCCCAAAUUCCCAGGCUUAUUUACUAUAAGUUGAUUCCACACUACAAUCAUGUGGAUUUUUACCUUGGACAGGACGCACCGCAGGAAAUUUACCAAGACCUUAUUAGACUGAUGGACGGAUGUUUGCAAAAUUAA